AGAGAGAGAGUCGUAGGGAAGGGACUAGGGUUUAUGCUCUGUUAUCGAACAUUUCAGUCUUUCGUUUGCGUAGGCCUGGCUCUGAUGACUCUCAUCCUUUGAAGCAUUUUUGGUAUGGAGGAGGAGGGGAUACGAACGUCUACUAAUUCGUCUUCUUCUGUGAAUCUUUUGCGGACCGUCUGUCACGUGUGCCACAAGCAAUUUUCACAAUAUACAUGUCCCCGUUGCAAUUCCCGUUACUGCUCCCUUCAAUGUUACAAGUCUCAUAGUAACCGUUGUACCGAAUCCUUCAUGCGAGAAAAUGUUGUCGAGGAGCUGCGGCAAUUGCGGACGGACGAUAGUACUAAACGUAAAACGCUUGAAAUUUUGAAAAGGUUUCAUUCGGAAGAGGAAAUGGAAGACUUGGAUGAGGAGGAUGAUUCGACUUUAUCCGAGGAAACUAUUGAGAAAGUUCUUGCAGGUGGCCAACUCAGUUUUGAUGAUCUGUCUGCAGAGGAGAAGAAACGGUUCUUAAGAGCUAUGGCAUCAGGUGAGUUGAGCAAGAUGAUUGAACCUUGGGAAGCUUGGUGGAUGAAACCUUCUGCUAGAACAAUAUCUCUAAGCGAAAAAGGAACACCACUUGUUCAACUCCAUUCUGAGCAGGAACCAACAACUUCAUUCUCAAGUGGAAUUCCUGGAGGACCCUUUGCUCAAUUACCUCCAGUUAGCAAGCUUAGUUCUGCAGAGCCAUCGCCGUUGUUGGCUGUUCACCUGGUCGACAUAAUUUAUAGUUACUGUUUCACACUUCGCCUGUACAAUGGAGACUGGCAAUCAGAUGCCAUAGGAUCAGUUCUGGUGGUUUUGAGCGUCUCCUCUGUCUUGGGUCAAAGUGGGCAACCAGAAACAGUUUUAGAAGCCCUGUCAUCCUGCUUGGAACAAACAUGCUCUCCAGCUUAUAGACAUGUGGGGGGCUUGCAGCUUGGAUUGAGUCUUAUCGACGAUGUCGAAAUCCUGCUUUCUCUGGGUGGUCCCGCUCUAGUGUGCUUGCUGUGCGAUUUGCAGAGGCUUGUUCAAGCUGGGGAAAGAGAUUUGAAAUCAGGAAAGAGGGGAAGAAAAUCUAGAUGGUCAGAAAUUAGUUCUAAGCUUAAACUUGCUGACAGGAAGAUCUUUUUCAUCAUGUGCUGGGUUUACGAGCAGCCAAGCGAAGCUUGGUCGACCCUGGCGAAUAUUGUAAAGAUGGAGAAAAGCUCAAUAAUGGAGUUUGAGCAUCAUAAAAUGUCUACAAAAAUUGACAGUAAGGCCAAAAGCAGGGACAACAAAGUCUUGAUACAGGAGAUAAAAUGAGAACUAUGUGGAUACUUCUUUUAAUUAUUUAUCAUGUAUUUAUUCUUAGCCUGGUGUAUAUUAAGGAUCCAUUUUUCCUUGGAUCCUAUUUGAAGAGUUCUUGGUUUAUAGGGAUUAUAGCUUGUGUGCUCAAUCCUUUAGAACAAAUACAGAAAGAGAAUUUGCUACAACUCUGAUACAAGUUUUUUUUUCUUCCUCCCUUUAA